GCUCGGAUCCUCCGCGCGCUUUCAUCGAGCUGCGUUUGGUGUUAGAGCCUCAGGACGUGGUGACGGUUCGAGGAGGCGUCCUGCAGCUGGACUGUGAGGCGCGCUCGGAUCAGGGCGUCCCGCUCAUCUCCUGGAAGAAGGACGGAGUUCUCCUGAGCGCUGUGGUGGACGACAGGAGACAACAGCUGUCGAACGGAUCUUUACUGGUGCAGAACGUCGUUCACUCGCGGCACCACCGGCCGGAUGAGGGAUCGUACCAGUGUCUGGCCACGCUGGAGGGCGUGGGGGCCGUCAUCAGCCGGACCGCCAGAGUCAUCGUCUCUGGUCCUUUACGAGUGGUGGUCCCCACAGAGUCGGUCUCAAGUCACAUGGGUGACACGGCUCUGCUGCGCUGCGAGGUGACAGGCGAGCCCAUGCCUGUGGUGCGCUGGCAGAAGAACAGAGAGGAUCUGCCCGUGACCUUUGACCCCGAGAGCAGAGUGGUGGUCCUGCCCUCGGGCUCUCUGCAGGUCAGCAGGGUUCAACCGCCUGACUCGGCCACUUACCGCUGUCUGGCCGAGAACCCUGGCAGCUCUCGCACCGGAACGGACGCUGACCUGCGGGUUCUGCCGGCGUCCAAUAAGCUCAGACAAUCUCCUGAUCAAUAUCUGAGAAUCAAUGAGACAUCCGUCAUGUUUGACAUGUUUGGGGAGGAAUAA